UGCGCAUGGAUUUGAAGAGCAUACGCCAUAUUGAAUUCUCGUAGGAAUCGGCUAGCAAUUUUUUUUUCCCAGCUAGCGGUGUAAAGGGGCCACUUUAUCAAUGGUCCUCAUUCGGUUUAACGUUUAAAUACUUCUCUUUUCCGUAACCCCGGACAGCGUAGCGGCCUCCAGCGGGUCCAGGAAGCGGCGCGGAUUCAGGACGGGCUCGCUAGCUUCAGUUAGGCACUAGUAGGGGGGUGGGGGUGGGGGGGGGCGGUUACCGGAGAAAGAAGUUGAAUGGAUCCGAGGAUAGCUUGGAUUCAGCCCGAACAGAAAGGACCUGCGAACGCCUUGUGGAUGCACGUCUGGGAGACCUCUCAGGGAGUACGCACGCUCUCCGCGCAGCAGCAGCUCCACAACCAGAACCACAACCAGUGUGUGAACUACGCCGCGUUGGAUGUGCUGAAAAAUGUGGCGACCGCGGUGGCAGCGGGCAAGAUCGUCUGCGGCGGCAACGGCAACGUUACCGCGAGUCGGGGCAGCCAUCGCGGCAUCAUGCACGGCACUACCGGCGUCAACGGCACUGCGAUGUCCACGGUGGGUGUAGCGCUAUCCAACGGGAACGCGCGGAACUCUUUCGCGGCGGCGAACGCCGCCGGAGCGGGCGAGGGCAGAGCCCCGGCUCAGAAGACGGGAUCCGUCUCCUCGUCGUCCUCCUCACAGGAGUCCGGGGCGGACAGCCCCCCUUCCGGCUGCUCACUUGAGAGGACUAUGGGUGGAAAUGUAUCGGGCAACGUGAAUAAAAACGUCGGGGGUGCCAAUCUGCUCUUCGGCUUGGACAAUAAUGUCAACCUCUACCACCAACACCUCCACCACCACCGUCACAUACAGGAGCACCCGGCGUUCAGUCUCCAGCAGAUCUGCGUGAAGCGUCACCAGGUUCACCCCUCCGUACCCGCAACCCACACACACAACCACCACCCGGGCCGGAGGAAAAGCGACAACAAGGCGAGCACCUAUGGGAUGAACUACUUGCUAUCGAACUGCACUAACGGCAACUAUGCGGGCACUUGGACGCCCUGGAAGACGCGGACGUACAACCCCGGGGUCCUCGGACUCCACGAGGAGGUGAUGGACUUCUACAACUUCAUGUCCCCUCGGCGAGAGGAAGCAGCUAUGAGGAAGGAGGUGGUGAACCGGAUAGAGAUGGUCAUUAAGGAGCUGUGGCCCACUGCAGAUGUCCAAAUAUUUGGCAGCUUCAGCACAGGACUCUACCUUCCAACAAGUGACAUUGACCUGGUGGUGUUUGGGAAGUGGGAGCGUCCCCCACUGCAAGAGCUAGAACAAGCUCUUCGCAAACAUAACGUGGCGGAACCCUUCUCCAUCAAAGUGCUGGACAAGGCUACAGUGCCAAUCAUCAAGCUGACAGACCAGGAAACUGAGGUGAAGGUGGACAUCAGCUUCAAUGUGGAGACCGGGGUCAAGGCGGCGAGCUUCAUUAAAGACUACGUAAAGAAGUAUCCAGUGCUGCCUUACAUGAUCUUUGUCCUGAAGCAGUUCCUGCUGCAGAGAGACCUGAACGAAGUUUUCACCGGGGGCAUCAGCUCGUACAGCCUCAUCCUCAUGGUCAUCAGCUUCCUACAGCUCCAUCCUCGCAUUGACGCCAGGAACCCCACUGAGAACUUGGGCGUCCUGCUGAUUGAGUUCUUUGAGUUGUACGGCCGCCAUUUCAACUACUUGAAAACAGGGAUCCGCAUCAAAAAUGGAGGCGCAUACAUACCCAAAGACGAAAUCAUGAAGGCCAUGACGAACGGAUACAGGCCGUCCAUGAUCUGCAUAGAGGACCCACUGCUCCCAGGUAACGAUGUAGGGAGGGGCUCCUAUGGUGCCAUGCACGUCAAGCAGGUGUUUGACUACGCUUACACUGUCCUGAGUCAUGCCGUGUCACCGCUCGCGCGCUCGUAUCCCAACAAAGACUGCGAAAGCACCUUGGGCAGAAUAAUCAGGUUGACCCAGGAAGUGAUCGACUACAGGGAAUGGAUCAUUAAGAAGUGGGGGGGGAGGGAUCAGGCGCGGACAGACAAUAGAGUCUCGCCUCCCAAGGAGCCUGUGUCGGAGCAGGAGCCCGGCUGCAGCCCGGAGGAGCAGCAGAGGGACUCGGUGUCACCGCACAGCGCAGACUCCCCCAUGUCCAUCUCCAGCCCUCAGCAGCACUCGUCAGCCUCCUCGGUCUCCUCACUGUCCGGAUCAGACAAUGACUCCGAUUCGACGUUGCCAUGUCCGGUCCCUCCGCCACCCCUGCCGCCGUACCCGUCUUUCCCACCCCUGGGCCUCGCUUUGCCACCUGGACUCAACAUGGGCGCUGGCAAGCCCGGCAUGGGGGGACACCAUCUGCUCAUGCAUCCAGGCUCACAGGCUCGCGUGUCACUCCCCGGUGGUCUAACCAUGCACUCCAUACCUGGCAGACGGGUGUGUAUAGACACCGGGCUUCCCCCCUUCUACCACAUGCCCCCCCCAGCCCACGCUCAUGCCCCUGCUCCCUCCAGCCCCCAGCCUCCGCCCAGCCCCCACUCCAGCCACACACACAAGAAUGCAACUAAGUUCAAUGUGAAGGGCUUUCACAACCCACCACUGGUCAACAACCCUGUUCUGGCUAACCGCGGACACACGCACACGCAGUAUCACCGCAACACUUGGCGACGCAGGAAGAGGGACAGCCUACCGGUUAGCCUCAGCAGAUAGAAACAGCUCCCCCUCCUCCUACUCCUACUCCUCCUCCUCCUCCUCCUCUCUGGCUGCAAACCCCUGGCUCCUCGUUGGUCUCACACAAGGAUGGACAGGCAGACCGUGGACCGGAGACCAGCAGUUUUGAAUUGUGGGGCUGCAGCAAUGUGGAACAACAGCCCUCAGCUCUGCAUCUUCCUCGUACUAUCGCUACCUUUCCAUUUCUGCAUGACUUUUGUUCACAGUUUUGUAGUUUUGGUAUUUUGUUACUUUUCAGUAUUUUGGUUUAUUUUCAUCUUUAUUUCAAUUCUUUUUUUCUUUUUUUUAAAUUGCUAUUGGACUUGCCAUUGCCAAGUUCACUUGACCUCGCCUUGACCGUCGCAGCCAAGCUGCCCGAGGCUCAGUGUUACUUCUUAUUUUGUUUUUUUUUAACAGUUAAUACACUUUCGGACAAACCGUUUAUCAUUUUGUGCAAUAAUGUUCAAUUUUUCUUAUUUGGAACUAAAGUAAAUGCUUAUUUAAAUUUGUGUGUGUGCGUGUAUGUAAAAGGCAUUUUUAUACUGUUAUUUUAUUUUUGUAGAGUUUUAAAUUUUGUUUACGAAAAAACCUUUCCCCCCGGGCAGCAUCUCUAAAGCGUGUGUGUUUGUCAGUUGAUAUUUCUAUGUGUGUGUGUGUGUUGUGUGUGAGUGUUGGUCUGUGCGCGUCUGUCAUCAGGUUGAGAUAGACCUCAGUUUGAAGGCCCCCUUCUCCUCUUCUUCUUCUUCUUCUCUCCCCUCUUUACCUGCAUUGUUCUGUUCUAGAGAAGCAGAACAGAGAGGGACGAGGAGCUCUUACCUCAAUAUUCCUUACAGUUUUCUCUGCGUGUCUUGUAAAAAAAAUGGACGAGGCUAACCGGAAGUUUUGUUCUUCCAGUCCUGUUGGUCCACGGCAUCCGGGAGGAAAGUGGAGGGAUGAAGUUGCACCCUGGGAUCUCUUGAAAGGAGAAGGUGUACUUCUGUUUUGGCCUAAAAGAGGUAGUAGCUCCUGUGCCGCUAGAGCUUUAGCAGAUCCACCUCAAGAGAGUGUGUGUGUGUGUGUGUGUGUGUGUGUGUGUGUGUGUGUGUGUGUGUGUGUGUGUGUGUGUGUGUGUGUGUGUGUGUGUGUGUGUGUGUGUGUGUGUGUGUGUGUGUGUGUGUGUGUGUGUGUGUGUGUGUGUGUGUGUGUGUGUGUGUGUGUGUGUGUGUGUGUGUGUGUGAGAGAGUGUGUGAGUGAGUGAGCUGUUGCCAUAUUUUGUCAGUCAGGGGAAGGCUGGCAGUGGCCUGCUGGUUUUGUCUUGGCUGUCUUUUUCUCCACUGGAGGUUGUUUUUUUAAGGGAAAAGCUUCCAGACGGUGCAGGAUUUUGGCCUGAGAGCCUGUUCUGUUGAACAUAUAUGCGAGUGCGUUUUGUCAUCUUUUGUCUCGUUUUACUACAUGUUGUAGGAGGGGUUGGGGCCGAGAAGGCAACAGCCUGUCUGACUUGAAUUUGAAGAUUAAGAUUAGGGUAAGAGGGCAGAAAGCCACUGAUUCCAGGCCAGAGAACUUUUUCUUCUGACGCUCACCCUCCGUAGUUCAGGGACGUGGUUUUUUGGAAAAUCUGAGCUGACGGCGGUCAACUCUUGGCCCACGGCCGUAAAUCUGUGACGACCGACCAACACCAAGGUGCUCAGCGAUAAGGGUUUCUCCUCUUUGGUCCUGGACAAAGGAGAGGGAGGAAGGGUUGUAGGAGAAGUCGGGGGGCGUCUUCCUGAACCAAGGACCCUAGUGAAAGGGAAAUAUAUUUUGAUUCCAUUCAGGGAUCUUGUGUAUAUUUGAUUGCCAGGUACUUCCGCUAAUUGUUUGCAAUGCCUUUCUUUGUGUUUACUUUUAGUGUGUGUACGUUGUAAUGCCGCGAGCACACCGUGUCACAAAAAACACACGCUCGCAGACAGGACUGUCAAAGGCUGUGACUCGCCCAGAAACACUACACACGCUGGUGUUAUUACUAUGCAAGUGGAUUCUUCUCAUUUUUUCGUGUCAACUCUCUUGUCUUUUACCGUUUCGGGGCCUUGUAUUUGUACGAAGGUCCCGAUAUGUUUUAAAGUCUAGUUUUCUACAUCUAUCAAUCAAAUGUAAGGAAUGCGGGAUGUUAAUGUCAAUGGUUGAGUGUGGGUCUGUGUAGUAUGUGACAUAGUGAAACGUGUAAGAAAGUUUUGAGACUUAUGACUUGCCACGGCAGGUUUGUUUUGUUUUGUUUUUCUUAUCAGGCCCCCAACCAUUCAUGAGCGAGUGCACCGAGAGAGCGACUUGCACUCUGCAGGUGCACUGCAUAUGGGACCAACGUGUCCGCCAACAGUCCUUUCCCUUUUUGCUGAAAUUCUAUUCAGUAAUGUCACAUUUGUUUUUUCUUUCCUUUAAACCGUGGCAACUCUGAUCCGUCAGUCAAAAAACUUCACCUGCCAUCAGUUCAGUCUCGAGUGAAUAGUUUCCGCUUUGAUUUUUAAUGAUUUCAACUUAAAAACCCCAAAAGGCUUGGACUGUCAGAAAGGAGGCGUGUCCAGCCAUACGAUCAUACUCGCAUCACCCUGCGGAGCAUUGUCCUCCACUUUAUGAUCUGCAGGGAGGUGAUCAGGACGGCAUAUGAAAUGUUCCGUAAUAUGUAAUCCUGGCCCCGAUAUAAAUUAGACACCAUUAAAUGUGGAUUUAGUUGAUCAAACGUGUUGAACCCUUUCAAACUGUCUCACUGAUGUCUGCUUAUGAGGAGCUGAUGAUGAAAACUGGUGAUGGGAGGUGGUUGACUGGGUUUCGAGUUGCCUGCAGCUUCACAGCAAAAACUUACAUGCAGUAUUUUACCAAGUCUGUGUGUAUUAAAAUCUGUGUGCAUCUCCGCAGUCCACCGUCGCUCGCUCUCUCUCUAUCUCUCUCUCUCUCUCUCUCUCGUCAGGCGGCAAUGGCAACGGUUAGUGAAAGGCAUCAUCAGCCUUGCUCCGCCACAUUGCCUUCACUCCUCCUGGUUGGUGUAAAAGUGAAGGGGUGGGUGGGAGCAGGUGAGGCCGAGCGGCUCGGACCACUGAGAUUUUUGCAUACACAUUUACUUGUAGAUGCAAUGUGAUAUCACCCCUCCAUUGCAAUAAUAUGAGGGAUUUUUAAAAAAAAACUGGUGGCUGCUGUUUUCAAGAAAAGGUGGCAGCCCCUCUUUGUCCUGGCUGAUUCAUGUGAGCAGUAAACCCUCAUACUGGACACCUAGCUAUCGGUGGCCAGAGGGAACCACUGCCCAGCCUUUGAUUUGUUUUUUGUUUUUGACAUUUUUAUGUAAAUAUAUUUUUUUCUAUUUUAUUUUUUAAUAAACAUUUUAAAACUGCCA